UUUUUUGUUUAAUUUGGUCCUUAUUCUCUUAAUUUAUUUUUUUAUUUACAUGUCAGCUCAUAAAUUGCUUAAACAACUAGUAAGUUGCUGCUUAAUAAAUCCUUGUAUCUUUAGGAAACAGAGAAAUCAAGCCUUUUAAAUUGCUAGCUUCCGAAGUAAACAGGGAAAGAUUUCCCUCUCAGUCGUCCCGACCGUUGGUGAUUCAUUGCUCUAUUUAUAUAGCACAAAGACAAAACAAUAGUGUUCUGUCUUAACGGAUCUUGCUUUGUAGUCUCUCUAAUUCAAUCAAUGGCAGAUAUUGGAACAACUCGAAUGCCGAAUCACCAGAGGAAGAAGAUCCUGAAUAGAGACCAAGCAAGCCAUGCUAUGAGCUUCUCCAAGCGAACGAAAACCUUGAAGAAGAAAGCUCACGAGCUUCAGACACUGUGUGAUGUCAAGAUUUGCAUGGUCUGUUUUGGUCCUGACAGCACCGUCCAGACAUGGCCAGAGGGUGCUGUGGAGGUCAAGGAUGCAAUCAUGUCCUACAAAGGACUCGGUGAUAGAAAGAAAUACGAGAGCAGCCUCUUGGGUUAUUUGCAUGAUAAAAAGAUGAAGCUUGAAGUCAAGAAACGGAAGGUGAUGAAGAAGAAGGUUAAUAAAGAGCUCAUUGUCAAGUGGUCCGAUCAUGUUGAUGGGUUAUCUGAUGAUGCUUUGAGGGACACAGUUAACACUUUAGAGUCUAGAUUGUUUGAUUUGAAAGAGAAAAUAAAGUUAUGCAUGCAGAGGGAUAAGGUAGAGGCAAUUCAAGAUCAUGUUGAUAUGGAAUUUGAGAUGGAUGGAUCAUCCGUUCCUAGCAGUGCUGCUGGUGCAACUGCAUGGCCAGCAGAGGUCAUGGAUACAAACAUCAACGUUGUGGAAACUGUUGGUAAUAAUGACAAGGAUGCAGCUUCCACCAGCUUUGAGAUGCCACCACUACCAAAAGAUUCAAGGGACUGGAUGGAGAAUUUACGUAACUGGAUGGAGAAUGAUGAAGCCUAUCAGCAUGGUUUUGAAAAUGAUGAUUGGUUUAAUGAGUGGGAAGCAUGGGAAGCAAAACAACAAUAUGAUGAUUGUCAGCUGUAGUAGUUUUUGGCUUUCUUUUUUAAUGUUACGAUGUAUAUAGAUUCUAUACUACUAAUUCUGCAACUCAAAGGUCUACUGAAAAUUCACUGCAAACAACAAUUGUGAGGGAAAAAAAUGUAUGUAUGAUAGUCAAUUAAUCAUGCCUAUUUUACAGAGGAGAAAUCGGUAAUGAAAUAAAUAAAGAGAGUUUGACAACUCAGUACAAAUACUUCAAUUAUCUACGAAAUAUUCUUGAAUGUGUACUGUUUACAGUUGCAGUCUUUACAAUUUCUGAAAAUCGAACAUCAAAGUUAUACAGGAAUUAGAGUAAUUAAUAAUGAUCCAUGAACUGUACAUAUUUGCCAACCGGAGUCGAUAAAAAUGCUAUAGAUAUAGUAACAACAGCUUCCUCCUACCCACAAAA